AUGAAUGAAGGUUAGAAUUAUUAGGGAGAAAAUGGUGUUUAAUUAGACUAGUUUUCUCCUUAAAGUCACAAUUUACAAGCUCAAAGAUAAAAUGAAUAAACUCCUGAGGAAGUGUAUAAGCAGAAAAUCAAAUUAAAGUUUGAUUAAUAGGCUAGUGUCCAUUAAAAGACAAGAUCAUUGGUAUCUCCAUCCUUGAAUUCUGCAACUAAUCAUAGUAAUUAUGGAUAUAAUAAUGAUGGACUAAGCAUCAAUCCAACGUAAGUUCAUACUUAGCAUUAAACACCAGCAAAUCAGACUUAAUCAUUAAGGAGAAAGUCUCCUAAAAAGGAUUUUGAAAGCAUUUAGGAUUAGUAUAGAUAAAAGAUUUAACAAUCAACUUACACUUAUGAUAUUCAAAGAUUAGCUUCAAUUGAACUUGAUCGAUCAAUGAAACAUAUUGAUUCAAUUAGGACUGAGAAUUCUUAAAGGCAGGCUACUUCAUUCUAAAACUAAGAGCAUCAAUCAAAGUAGAUAAGCGAUUAAAGUCAACUCGAGUCUAUUUAUGAGAGAAUUUCAAAACUUAGGUAAAAUCUAAUGGGUAAUUCCAGGCAAGAUGAAUAAUCAAGGAGAUCGAGCGGCUUCAGAAAAACUGAAGAAAGAGAAUCAAUACCAGAAUAAUUUAAUCAAAAUAGUAAUCUACAAAUCUCUUCUUAUCAGAGACCAGGUGAGCUGGUAUAAUCAACAGCUCAUUUUGAUUAGGAAUCAGGUAUUAAGCAAAGGGAUCACAGUAAUUUCCAGACAUUCCAAGAUAAGAACUUUAUUUCAAGCAACUUGGGAAGUCCGUAAAUGGAAUUGAAUCCUCAAAUGUCGAUUCAAAGUAGAUUCCAUUUGGACCUAACCUCUACAUAAUAAAAAGAAAACAUUAAUCCUUAAACUUAAAACUAAAGUCCUCUCAGAUAUAAACCCUAAACGGUUCAGUAAUAUCAAUAACUAUCUCAGCCACAGAGUUUGCUUGAUAUUUAGAACUAUCACUCCUCGCAAUAAUUAUCAAUCCAAAAUAUCAAAAUGCUUUAACCUAAUCUAUAAGAGUUGAUAAAAGAAACUGAACGAAAGGUGCAAGAUGGGACUGAAAGGAAAUAUCAAGAUAAGAUCUAGGAUCUCGAGAAGAGAUCUGCAUACCUGGAUCGAAGUUUGGAUUUAAUAGAUGAGAUGAAGUAGAAAUUUUAAUUGUUUGAGAACUAGCAAGCUCAGUACAGUGAUCUAGCUCGGAAGUACUAAGAACUGCAGAAUCAACUCAAUUAGUAACGGUUAGGGGCGAGUUCUCAGCAAAAUAUUACCUUUCAACGGGAUUAAGAAGAUUUACAAGAAUCUCAAUGCUUUAAUGUUCCUCGACUAAACUAAUAGUCUACUUAAGACCCUUAUAUCUCACAGCAAGAGUAUAGUUUGGUCUCACCAAUAUCAUUGGCUCAGUAGAAUAAGCAAAUCAUCAAUGGCUCAUAGUAAAAUACCUAGAUAGUCAAAGACCUAUAAUUAUUAAAACUUGCAGAUAAUGCAAUGAAACUAAAUCAUGUUGAUAGUACACUAGAACCAUUUACCAUUGACAUCGAUAUAGAUCAUAGAAAACAGUAAGAAGAUAGAAAAAUGUUCAAUAAUCUAAGUGAGUAUCAAAGACUUUCACUUAAUAGCCAAUCAAACUAUAAUAACGGAUUCAGGUCUUCUAAAAAUAGAAAAAGCAUGAACAUUUAACAUAGAGCUAAUAAUCUUUCCUCAUUUAUUAACCCUACUAAGAUGGAUAAAAGUCGAUCGCCUAGCAUUUCAUGUUCUCUUAGAAAUCGCAAAGAUCGUUUAAGCCUGGGUGGAGGAGGCAUACAAAAUAACAAUAAAGAAAAUAAAGCAUAAAAGCUGAACAAAUCUUAUGGAAUAAUGAGUUAAAAAUCAAGACAUUUACCUUAGAAAAGCUUUGAUUUCCCCAAGAGUAAUAACAUGACCCUUCUAAAGCAUAAUUAGAACUUAUAAAAACAGCCUGAUACAAUGAACCAGGAUAUAUAGAUAUUUUAAGAGUAAACCUUUGCUUAAUUGCAUAAGGAAAUUGAUAAAUUAAAAAAGCAAAAGAAAAUGCUGAGGUCUCAGUUGAAAUAGGUUAAUCAAAAAUAUGAGGAAUAGUCUAAUUAGCAACUUAAAUGCUGCUGUUAGGAACUUUAGAACUAUUAUGAGAAUAAAUCAUCACAGCAGUCAUUCAUUUCUGAGCAUUGGAGGACUAAGACCUAAGAAUUAGCAACUAAGUACUACAAAAGCUUAUAGAUUCUUAGAUCAGAUUAGGAAAAAUUAAAAGCGAAUUCUGAGCAAGAGAUCUAACUGUUAAAAUCUUUCUAAGAUUAGGCAAUGGGUGAAGUAUGCAAAAGAUAGUCAGAGAUAUAGAUUUACUAUGAAAAGAAAUUGAGAACUUACGAAAAAGAGAAUAAGAAGCUGAACAAAAGAUUGGUUCAGGCUAGAAAUCAAAUGGGAAAGCAGUGA